GAGGAGAUCGACGGCGCAAAAUUGGUGAAAAAUCUGGCGCAGAAUAUGGAGGAAAUUUUUCGGAAAAAAGCGGAGGCCACACGAAGGCUCGUAGAAGCAGCAGAGGAAGCUCAUCUCCAGCAUGAGGAAAACCCUGACCUACAGUAUGAAUAUUUCAAUGCAGUGCUGAUAAACGAGGUGGAUGAAGACGGGAACAGCGUGGAGCUGGGAGGAGAGUUUCUCCUGGAACCCAAUGAUCAUUUUAAUAACCUAUCUGUCAACCUCAGCCUCAGCGUGGUGCAGAGAGGGAUUUGGCAGUACUUUGGAAGCGCUAAAGGUUUUUUCCGACAAUACCCAGGUGUGAAAUGGCAUCCUGAUGAACAUGGUGUCAUUGCUUUUGACUGCAGGAACAGGAAAUGGUAUAUCCAGGCAGCCACCUCUCCUAAAGAUGUUGUGAUUCUGGUGGAUGUCAGUGGCAGUAUGAAGGGUUUAAGAUUGACUAUAGCCAGACAGACGGUUGCUUCCAUACUGGACACGCUUGGGGAUGAUGACUUCUUCAACAUUAUUGCAUACAACCAAGAGAUCCAUUAUGUGGAGCCCUGUCUAAAUGGCACUCUCGUUCAAGCUGACAGCACUAAUAAGGAUCACUUUAAAGAGCAUCUAGUCAAGUUAUUCGCCAAAGGAAUUGGACUCCUGGGCAAUGCACUGACUGAGGCUUUCACUAUCUUAAAUGAGAUUAAUCAGACUGGCCGUGGAAGUUCAUGUAGUCAGGCAAUCAUGCUGAUAACAGAUGGAGCCACUCAAAUGUACGAUGAUGUUUUCGCCAAAUAUAACUGGCCUGAGCGCAAGGUUCGUAUAUUCCCCUAUCUGAUUGGCCGGGAAUCUGCGUUCGCUGAUAACCUAAAAUGGAUGGCGUGUGCCAAUAAAGGUUAUUUUAGUCAGAUCUCCACAUUGGCUGAUGUUCAGGAGAACGUGAUGCGGUAUUUGCAUGUGAUGAGCAGACCUAAAGUUAUCGACCAUGAACAUGACACAGUGUGGACCGAAGCCUAUGUGGACAGCGCACUCGCACAGGCGCACAAGCUGAGCUUACAGUUCAGCUCCAGAGAUGAAGCAUCUUCACCAGAUCACCCUUCACUUAAAAACCAAGGCAUCCUGCUAGGCGUCGUAGGCACUGACAUCCCCAUUCAAGAGUUAAUGAAAACCAUCCCAAAACACAAGCUUGGAAUACAUGGAUAUGCGUUUGCCAUCACCAAUAACGGAUAUAUCCUGACGCAUCCCGACCUGAGGCCCCUGUACCAGGAGGGCCAGAAGAGGAAGAAACCCAGUUACAGCAGCGUGGACCUGUCCGAGGUGGAAUGGGAGGACACAGAGGAUGUUUUGCGCACAGCGAUGGUGAACAGACGAACUGGCACUUUCUCCAUGGAAGUAAAAAGAACAGUGGACAAAGGGAAACGUGUCUUGACGAUGCACAAUGAUUAUUACUACACUGGUAUUAAAGGAACUCCAUUUAGUGUAGGUGUGGCGCUCUCUCGAGGACAUGGGAAAUACUUCUUCAAGGGAAAUGUUUCACUAGAAGCCGGUCUACAUGAUCUGGAGCAGCCGGAUGUUGCCCUCGCUGAUGAAUGGACAUACUGUAACCCAGAUGAGCACCAUGAGCAUCGUCACCUGACUCAAGUUCAGGCCAUCAGACUCUACAUGACCAGCCGUAAACCACAUCUCAAAUGUGACAGAGAGCUGAUUCAGCAGGUUUUGUUUGACGCUGUAGUAACGGCUCCCUUAGAAGCGUACUGGACUGGACUGGCCCUCAAUAAGUCUGAGAACUCUGAUAAAGGGGUUGAGAUCGCUUUUCUCGGCACUCGCACUGGUCUUUCCAGAACCAACCUGUUUGUGGUUCCCGAGCAGCUGACCAAUCAAGAUUUUCUCACUGCGGAAGACAAGGAGGGCGUCUUUAACGCAGAUCACUUUCCUCUGUGGUAUAAAAGAGCCGCAGAGCAGGUGCCCGGCACCUUUGUGUACUCCAUUCCCUUCAGUUCAGGGGGUGAAAAUAAGAGUGUGGUUUUGGCGAGCACUGCUAUCCAACUACUCGAUGACAGGAAGUCUCCUAUAGUGGCAGCUGUGGGAAUUCAAAUGAAGCUGGAAUUCUUUCAGAGAAAAUUUUGGACGGCCAGUCGGCAGUGCAAUGCUCUGGAUGGGAAAUGUACCAUCAGCUGUGAUAAUGAGGACAUUAAAUGUUAUCUCGUAGACAACAAUGGUUUCAUCUUGGUCUCUGAAGACACUUUACAGACGAACCUCUUCUUUGGAGAAGUGGAGGGAGCCGUCAUGAACAAACUGCUUCUGAUGGGCUCAUUUAAAAAGAUGAAUUUGUAUGACUAUCAGGCUCUCUGUAAAGAGUACGCAGGCAGCAGUGACAGCGCACGCACUCUGCUGGAUCCCUUCACCUCUGUCAAAUGGCUCUUGACAGAACUUGUCAUAUUUCUGCUGGAGUUUAACAUGUACAGCUGGUGGAACUGUGACACGACAGUCAAAGCCCAGAGAGCUCAGAGGACAAUGAUGGUGCCGUGUGACACUGAAUACCCGGCUUUCGUCUCUGAGCGCACCAUCAAAGAGACCACAGGGAACAUUGACUGUGGUGGCUGUAUACGGACCUUUGUAAUUCAGCAGAUUCCCAGCAGUAACCUGUUCAUGGUGGUUGUUGAGAAUAAAUGUGACUGUAGCUCUACCCCUCCGGUUACCAUGGAGCCCAUUGAGAUCAUUUAUAAUGAGUCUCUGAAGUGUGACAGGCUGAAGUUUCAAAAGGAUCGCAGACGGCCACAGUCCUGUCAUCCAUUUCAUCAGGAGGAGAAUGCUAUGGAAUGCGGAUCAGCGAAUGCUUUGAGUUUUCCACUGGUGGCCAUUUUAUUCUCAGUGUUGCCGUUCGUGAUCAGCAGGUGACCUCUGACCCCUGCCUUGACCCAUUAGGCUUACUAUACACUCGAAUCAGAGAGCCUUGCUUAUGCCAAACAUGAGUCCACAGAGACAAAAUCAUCUUUGUGAUGUCUGGAUUACUGAAGAUAGAUGAUAUUUAUUACAAAGACUGUGUUAGAAUGUGCUGAGUGUUUUCUUCUUACAUGUGGACCAGUGAACAUGCCUGGAUAUCAGUGGCCGCCACGAGAGCCACAGCUAAACGCAGUCCAUGUAGCUGUUCUUCAAGGUGCAUACAUCUCAACUUUAGUCUUAAUCGGUACUGUGUGAAGCGCAGACAAAAACUGAGCAGAAAUGUCUUUUAUUUCUUUAUUACUUGCCUGCCGCUCAGAUUUAUUCUGUGUUUAAUUUGGAGUCUUAAGAUGCAUGACGUGACAAAAUAGGAAUAUUUCACAGAGCUGUUUGUAAGAAUAGCGUACAUUGUCAUCAAAAGAUGAGAUGUGGAUUCUUCACAAACUUUAUAAGUUUUGCCUGCUUAAAAAAGUACUUGGAAAAUAACUUUUAAUUGCCUAAUCCCUUUACAUCAAAGGAAAG